CUAGUGUUUCAAAGGUCAGUUGAUGCUCUAGUGUGCCUAGCACAGGUAGUGGUCAUCUCACUCUGGACAUACAAUGAGAGCACACAGUCAGGUGUGAUGGGGGCUCUCUUACCCAUCUCCUUAAUCUUCGUCUCAGUGGGCAGCUUGGACAACUACGUCAUUUCCGGGUUCAGCAACGGGACACCGACCUAUGGCUUGGUGAGAAGACUUCUGAAGAGGCGGAAAACAAAACUUUGUUUCCUGAUGAGCAUUUGGAAAAUAAUUUUUACUUUUGCCUAUGCCGCCAUCUUCUUUAGUGGGACAAACCAGGUCUGUUGGAAGACGUUUUUAUUUCUGAAAAACUACGCCCCGGACUGCUCUUUACACAACUCAUUGAGCUUGACCAGUGGUCCACUUUUACUAGAUCUGCCCAGAUGUUCUACCUACUGGCCUUUCUAUCUGGCCGUGAUUAACAUCGCAGCCAGCAUUGUUUCUUAUAAGAGACUUUUUGGCUGUGAGAUCUCAUGGUCCCACAUUGGAACCAAGGAUCCAUAUCUUGGAAGGAUCUUACACGAUCUCAAUGCCAAAUAUUGGUUGGCGUAUCUUGGUGUUGUCUCGUAUCUCACGUACAUCUACGUCACAAAACACGUGUGGACAUCUCGUGCCGAGAAGAUGGCGAGAACUGAAAGGUUGUUUGUGAAUCCAUUGUAUUGUGGUGUACUUGUGGAGCAUUCGAUGAUGACCAACAGGAGAAUUCAUGAUCUUGAACCAAAUGCUCUAAAGAAAAAAGCCAUGUGGAUGGUGGAAGUUAAAGGGAAUGACAAUAUUCAUGUUCUGGCCGAGUCCAGCUCCAUGCUGAGAUCACUCACAACCCCCGUUAUAUACGUCUGCGCUACUAUGUGGCACGAGACCAGGCAUGAGAUGAUACAGAUGUUGAAGUCCAUCAUGAGACUGGAUGUUGACCAGAGUGCCAGGAAACACGCUCAAUUGUUUUUCCACGUCAAUGAUCCAGACUACUACUUGUUUGAAGCUCACAUCUUCUUUGACGACGCCUUCCAGGCCCACGAGGAGAAUGAGCUCCUCUACAGCGUCAAUGAUUACGUCAAAGAGCUGGUGCAGACCGUGGACGUCGCUGCUAGUGCUGUACACAAGACAGAGCUAAAGCUACAAUUUACAAGAACGGACACACCCUAUGGCGGAAGGUUACAGUGGACACUGCCAGGCGCCAAUACACUGACUGUCCAUCUAAAAGAUAAGAUGAAAAUUAGACACAGAAAAAGGUGGAGUCAGGUGAUGUACAUGUACUAUUUCCUGGGUCAUCAGCUGAUAUCAUCCAACCUGACUCUGGCUAGGGCUGAAAACACAUUUAUACUAGCGCUGGAUGGUGACAUCGACUUCCAACCAUCAGCUGUUCAGAUUCUUGUAGACAGAAUGAGAAAAAAUCCAGCUCUUGGCGCAGCGUGUGGAAGAAUUCAUCCCCUGGGCUCUGGUCCGAUGGUAUGGUAUCAAAAGUUUGAAUACGCUAUUAGCCAUUGGCUUCAGAAGUCUACAGAGCACGUGCUGGGGUGUGUGCUGUGCAGCCCUGGGUGCUUCAGCUUGUUCCGUGGCUCCGCCCUGAUGGACGACAAUGUGAUGAAGAGGUACACGACUCCACCCACAGAGGCCAGACACUACGUCCAGUAUGACCAGGGAGAAGACAGGUGGCUAUGUACGCUGCUGCUUCAACAAGGCUACAGGGUAGAAUAUUGUGCCGCCUCUGACAGCUUUACGGUAGCGCCAGAAGGUUUCACAGAGUUUUACAACCAGAGACGCCGAUGGACGCCGUCAACUAUCGCCAACAUCAUGGAUUUACUGGAGAAUUGGCGAAGUACGACAAAGAAAAACAAAGACAUCACAAUUUUGUAUAUAAUUUAUCAGUUGGUCCUCUUUCUUUCAGGUAUGCUCACACCAGGGACUACUUUCUUGCUCAUUCUAAGCGCCCUGAACACAGCGUACCCUGAUAUACCACUCUAUGGUGCCUUGUUGAUAAACUUGGUCCCAGUGGUACUGUUCACAAUCUUGUGCUUCAAGGCUUCCUCUGACACGCAGGUGGCUUUUGCUGGACUACUGUCUCUUAUUUACACCAUGUUGAUGAUGCUGGUCCUGGUAGGGUUAAUCAAACAGGCGGCUACUUACGGCUUCUGCUCUGUGUCGACUUUGUUCCUUGUCAUCGUGAUCAGUAUUUUCAUUGCUACGGCCUUCCUGCACCCGAUGGAGGUGACGUGUCUUUUCCACGGAUUUCUGUAUUUUUUGUGCAUCCCGUCCAUGUCCAUGCUACUGACCAUCUACUCACUGGCCAACCUCCAUGUUGUCACUUGGGGCACACGAGAAGGACCACAAGCCAAGGCCCCACUUGUCAAACCUGACCAGGCCAAGAAAAAGAAUGGAAUCUUAGACUUAUUUGGCGCAGUCAACGACAGAAAAACUUCUGAUUUCACGUUUUCCUUCGGGAACUUGUUCCGCUGCAUGUGCUGCCCCAGGAAAGAAGUGGACAGUGCUGAUAUGAAGAUGGAUCUUGUCCUGGAUCGACUGAAUUCCAUGGAGUCCAAAAUGUUUGUCAAACCACCGUGGCAGGACAAGACAGGUGGGCUUGCCAGAAGCAGAAGUGGGGACGAAGCGACAGCAGAAGAUCAGCAAGACGGUCUUAACGAAGGGAGCAACUUGAAGGAUCCUUCUACUGAUGACCCUGUUGUGAAAACUUUGUGGAUUGAUGACGAAAUCUUUGGGACAAGCUCAAGGUCAAUCCUGAAUGCGGAAGAGACAGAGUUUUGGACAGAGAUGAUCAAGAUAUAUCUGAAACCGAUGGACAAAAAUGCUGACCACGAAAAAAAAGUACAAAAAGAAUUGAUAGAAUUAAGAAACAAGUCUUGUCUGGCCUUCUUCAUUUUGAACAUUCUGUUCAUCAUUCUGGUGUAUACACUACAGACCAUUGCCCAGACAACCACCAACUUAUCAAUUAAGAUUCCUUGCUCAUUGCAAGGUUUUAAAGGAGAGAAAAUCGAACCCAUCAGUGUGACCUUCACCUUAGUGUUUGGUCUUCUGCUGACGCUGCAGUUUGCCGCCAUGUUGUUCCACCGAUACUCCACACUUCUGCAGAUCAUAUCUGUGACUAAAAUCAAGAUCCGGAAGCCAGCGUCUAACCACAGCGACCACAGCAGUGUGCCCAGUACAGAGGAGGCCGUGAUGCUAGCCAAGACCCUGCAGGCGUUGAAACUGGACGAAGAUACUUCCUCCCUGGAUCCCACCAUACCAGAAGAAGACUACGAUGAGGACGACGAGGAGGACUUCAAUCUGGCGGACACCCCGGGCAGCUCUCUGAUGAUCAGGCGGAAGUCAAGCAGCAUGGCCGUGCUUAAGAGGAUCGACACUCGGAACAAAAGGAAAGAGAAGCAGGAACCCCAGACGUUGUCUAGAAACUUCAUGAACAGAUUUGAGAAAGUGGCCAAAAUCGGAGGUGUGAACGAAUCAACAUAUGACCAGAUUCAGAACAGGGCCAAACGUGAAUUCCGUGGCAUAAGAAAGAAUCAACUGAACCUCCUGACCAAGUUUUUGCAUUCAGAGCAUGUCCAGAAAAGAGCCGAGGAAUACAGCUCUAGUGUACGGCGUCAUCGCAACCGAAACUCUGAGCCACUGUCUGACAUAUUCAGCCUUGAGAUGACCGCUCGAGGGUCAGCUUCGCAGAGGGGCCCUGAGCAUUACAAGAGCCCCGUGGCGUACGGGUUGAAUAGGCCCUACAGUUGGGAAAUACCGCUCGAUUUAGGCAGUCCGCCCCUGGUAAAAGUUAGCAACAAUAGCGAUGAGACGAUGGACAGUAGCUUCUAGACAUAAAGUAUUUGUGCGUUAUUUCUUUUUAAUAUUUGCUCAUUGGAAAGGCUGUGAUACUAAGAAAGAUAACUAAUAUAAAUGUUACAUUUCCUCAGGUCAUUAAUGUUAACCAUGUUUGUUUCCCUUUAAAAUACAUUUCAUAUUAAAAAGUUAUAUUCCCAUGCAUUUUGAUUUAACUAAUGUUAUAUAUUUUGCAAAACCUUACUAUUAAGGGAAUUAACUGCUUAAUACAUGAUUACUUCAUAUUUUCAUUGUUGUUUCGCUUCUGCUUAGUUUUUUUGCUUGAUAUCUCAUUUCUUGUAAAUUCUCUAUGUAAUUACAAAACCAUGAAACAGAAUGUCACAAAGAAAAAGCAUUUUGUAACAAACGUAAAUACUAUUGAGGACAUUGUCAUAGCAAUAGUGAACAGUACCAGCAAUUCAAAGUUUAUUUAUCUCUUUCAUAUUUUAUAAUUAUUAAAAUGUUAUAUCCACUAUCUAUAAAAGCAUUUCAUUCUAUUGUCAUAAAAACAUACUCAUUACCAUUUUUUUAAAAUUAUUAUUCAUUAAAUAAUAUUUACGUGUGCUGUUUAUUUCCUAUAUAUAUAUAUAUACAACCAUGCAAUAUUGUCUUUGUAAUAAUUUGCACUAUUUCAUACCAUACAUAUGUAAAAAGAAAGAACGUGGGCGAUUGUAUUGAACA